UUUCUUCAGUGUCCUCUCUCUCUCUCUCUCCAUCUCUGCUCGUUUCUCCUUCCUCCUCCAGUGCUAGUGCUACUGCUUCUGCGCCUUUGUCUCUCGCUUCAUAGAUACGUCUCGGUGCAGCAAUACCAAACUGGGCUUGAGUUCAGACUCAGCCAUACUCAUAUGUGGCAACUAGAAUGCCAUAAGAUGAUCUAUCCAUCAAAACUCAUACAUGCCUCAAAGCCUUUUGUCCCCCCUGUGCACUCUAUUCCUCUCACCAGGACUAAUGUUACAGAGGAAAUUUCCAUAGAAGGUUGCAACUUGAGCUUCUCAGUUGCAACAAAGCAAGGUAAAACCAUACCCAUUCUUAAAGAUUGCUCGCUUCGCAUUCCGUCAGGGCAAUUCUGGAUGCUUCUUGGCCCCAAUGGUUGUGGGAAAUCUACCCUCCUAAAGAUUUUGGCUGGUCUUUUGAAUCCAACCAAUGGAACUGUGUAUGUGAAGAGGCCUAGGAGUUUUGUUUUUCAAAACCCAGACCAUCAGGUAGUAAUGCCUACAGUUGAAGCAGAUGUGGCAUUUGGUCUUGGUAAGUUCAACUUGACACGUGAUGAAGUCAAAUCUAGAGUGUCAAAAGCUGCAAAUGCUGUUAGCAUGUCAAAGUACCUGCAGAGGUCAGUUCAGACUCUUAGUGGUGGCCAGAAGCAAAGGGUUGCCAUUGCCGGUGCUUUAGCUGAAGCAUGCAAAGUUUUGUUAUUGGAUGAGCUGACAACAUUUUUGGAUGAAAGUGAUCAGGUUGGGGUGAUCAAAGCUGUGAGGAAUUCCUUGGAUAGUUCUGGGGAAGUUACCGCAUUAUGGGUCACUCAUCGCCUGGAAGAACUUGAAUAUGCAGAUGGUGCUGUUUAUAUGGAAAAUGGGAGAGUUGUGAUGCAUGGCGAUGCAGCAAGCAUUAUGGAUUUUAUUAAAACCAGGCAAUCAGCAUAUAUCAAGGAAAUCAAUUCUUGACUGCUAGUGAGAGACUAUUUUUCUGUGUAUAACUUAGAUUGAUUAUUUAAGAAUCUAUUCUCGGAGUUUCAACAAAUUUUCCAAUUAAAAUUAUAAGAAUCUUGGUGAAACAAAA